CUGUAGCCCUAACUCCCUUGCUUAAGUCAACAGCCUCAGCCUCCCUUUCUUUGGCUUUUUGCAUUUAUUUUUAUUUUAUUUAUAUUUUAUACGCUCUCUCUUCUCAUCUCCUGUCACUUCUCCAAAACCCUAGUUCCCUCACUGCCGCCAAUUUCAACCAAAUUUUGAUAAGAUUCGAAAACUAUGUCGGACGACGAGAGAGAGGAGAAGGAGUUGGAUCUCACCUCCCCUGAAGUUGUUACUAAAUACAAGGGUGCUGCUGAGAUCGUCAACAAGGCGUUACAGUCAGUUGUAAAAGAAUGCAAACCGAAAGCUAAGAUUGUUGACAUUUGUGAGAAGGGUGAUGCAUUUAUAAGAGAGCAAACAGGCAACAUGUACAAGAACGUUAAGAGGAAGAUAGAGAGGGGUAUUGCCUUCCCUACUUGCCUUUCUGUGAACAACACUGUCUGUCAUUUCUCUCCACUUGCCAGCGACACGUCGGAGUUGCAAGAAGGUGAUAUGGUCAAGAUUGAUAUGGGUUGCCACAUUGAUGGGUUUAUUGCUGUAGUUGCACAUACUCAUGUUGUUCAGGAUAGGCCAGUCACUGGCAGGCAGGCUGAUGUUGUUGCUGCUGCAAAUACUGCCGCUGAAGUGGCCUUGCGGCUUGUCAGGCCUGGAAAAAAGAAUAAAGAUGUAACAGAUGCAAUUCAGAAGGUAGCUGCAGCUUAUGACUGCAAAAUUGUUGAAGGUGUUCUUAGCCAUCAACUGAAGCAGUUUGUGAUAGAUGGAAACAAAGUUAUACUAAGCAUCUCCAAUCCAGAUACAAGAGUUGAUGAUGCAGAGUUUGAGGAGAAUGAAGUUUAUGCUGUAGAUAUAGUCACAAGCACUGGAGAAGGCAAGCCAAAGCUGUUGGAUGAGAAACAGACAACGAUUUAUAAGAGAGCUGUUGACAAGAAUUAUCAUUUAAAGAUGAAGACCUCUAGAUUUAUUUUCAGCGAGAUAAAUCAGAGAUUUCCCAUCCUGCCGUUCACUGCUCGGGCUUUGGAAGAGAAAAGAGCUCGUCUAGGUUUAGUUGAAUGUGUGAAUCAUGAUCUCUUGCAGCCAUAUCCUGUGCUUCAUGAGAAGCCUGGUGAUUAUGUUGCUCAUAUCAAAUUCACCGUAUUGCUAAUGCCAAAUGGAUCAGAUCGGAUCACAUCCCAUUCUCUGCAGGAGUUGCAGCCAACCAAGACAAUAGAUGAUCCUGAAAUCAAGUCCUGGUUAGCAUUGGGAACAAAGACAAAGAAAAAAGGUGGUGGGAAGAAGAAGAAAGGUAAGAAGGGUGAUAAAGCUGAGGGUGAGCCCAUGGAUGCAACAAAUGGUGGUGCAUCUUAAGAAACAUUGUAAUUUUCUAUUCUCCCCAUAUUUUUCAAUUUUGGUAAUGUGUUCACAUAUAUAUGGGUUGGUUAUGAGUUAAAUUUAAUAUAGUAUGAGACAUUGAUCCUAACUGAGUUUUUUCGCAUGGCCUCCUCGUGUAUUGUUGUUAAUAACUCAUGGGCAUGUGUUGGGUUAAAUAUGGUUGUUAUUGGAGAUUUAUUUUUGAAAAAGCAUAUGGUAAACCCUUGUUUUGUGUAA